AUGUCUCAGAACGACACUCAAGUCAAACCGACUGAAGAGUCUCAGCACCUUGAAACCAUGACCGUCUUAGACGAGAAGAAGAUGGAAGCUGGCACUGAGGAAACCCGCUGGACACCCGAGGAGGAGAAGAAGGCUCUUCGCAAGCUCGAUUGGUGCUUGAUUCCUCUAGUCGGCUCGCUUUACCUUGUUUCUUACAUUGAUCGUGGUAACAUUGGCAACGCAUACACAGCCGGCAUGGGCCAGGCUUGGGGUAUCACCUCGAAUGAUUACUCGUGGAUCGUGACCGCUUACUACAUUGCCUAUAUCUGUUUCCAUUGGCUUAUUCUGGUUUGGAAGUUCAUGCCACUCCCGCUUUGGACCUUUUGCAUGGCCUUUGGAUGGGGCACUGCGAGUAUUCUGCAGGCAGCAACCCACAACUUUGCCGGCAUCAUGGCUCUGCGAGUUCUGAUAGGCGCCUUUGAAGCUGGCUUUGUUCCUGCUGUUGCGCUGUAUCUGACUUUCUUCUAUCACCGACGCGAGAUGGGACUGCGAUAUGGUUUGUUCAUAUCCUUCUCACCGCUUGCGAAUUGCUUCGCCUCGGCCUUGGCGUACGGCAUCGUUCAGGCAAAGACCAAGAUCCACAACUGGCAGCUCCUGUUCAUUGUUGAGGGUAUUCCAACACUAUUUCUAGCCUUGGUUGCCCUUUACUAUCUGCCGGCAUCUCCUGCACAAUGCCGAUUCCUCACAGCUCGACAAAACGAAAUCAUCAGCCAGCGCGCGAUCAAGGGUCGUGGAGAGGAUACCGAGAGAAAGCUCAACUUUGCCCAAGUAUUUUCUGCGUUUUACGACUACAAGAACUACAUGCAAGCCUUUAUCAUCUUUUGUCUCAACACAGCGUUCGGUUCUCUUCCGGCUUAUCUCCCUACCAUCUUGAAGGACAUGGGAUACACUUCAGUCCACGCGCAGGGUCUAUCUGCCUGCCCCUACAUUGCCGCAUUUGUUGUCUGCGUGGGCAUGAGCAUGCUCUCUGAUCGCGUGGGCCAGCGCGGUAUCUUUGUCUUUGUCUUUUGCUGCGUCGGCGCGGUGGGAUACAUUCUCCUCGCCGUCAUCCAUACCACGGCCAUCCGCUACUUUGCUACGUUCCUCGUCUGUGCCGGCGUAUUCCCUGCUGUCGCUCUGACCUUCACCUGGGUGACAGACAACCAAGGUUCCAGCUCCAAGCGAGGCGCAGGGCUUGCCAUCUUCGGCAUGUUUGGCCAGUGUGGUCCCAUUCUUGGUGCUCGCCUGUUCCCCAAGUCGCAGGGGCCGUACUACUUCAAGGGCAUGUGGGUUUGUGCGGGAGUACUUCUGGCUGCUUCUCUUAUGGCACUGGCUUUGAGCGCGUGCUUGCGCCUGCAGAACCGUCACCGUGACCGCGUGCAUGGCAAGAGUGAUACCGACCAUGUUCCUGCAGAUAUUGCCGAGAAGGGUGAUUCUCACCCCUUGUACCGAUACGUCCCUUGA